GAGGUAUCCUCGGAAGUGGAUGGUAUUAGUUCCGGUUCUCAGUCGGGUCAAACUGCAUCAUCAAUAUCUGCACCGUGUCAAGCGCGUUUUGAUCUAAAUGGUUUUGUGGUCCCACCGGAAGCUGUUUUAGACGUUCAUUUGGGCUUACAUCAUCACGGAGAAGAACCAGAGAGAGCUGGUUACACUGUGGGAGAACUAUUCCAUUUGGCACGAUCCAGCGUACCUGCACAAAGACGUCUAGCUUUGUCUGGCCUGGCUGCAUCCCUUGUCCAGUCCAGGCGCGGUCGUCAUGUACCACAUUUGGCUCCGUCGUAUGCGCCCAGCCUCAUUCAUGGUCUCUUAGCUGCUCCCGAAUUUUCCAAUCAGUCUGAUGCAAACAAUGGUACCAAUGAUGUUAGCGGUGGUGGCGGUAGCGGAGGAGGUAUUGCAUUUUUACUUCGAUGGUGUUUAGACGAGGCUGUCAGUGCUUUGACAAGUGUUAGCACUGCGGCCGCUGGAGUAAGUGACACCGGUUCCGCUGCGGGAAUAUCACUGGGACUGCUGGUUGAGUGUGUGCGCGGCUUUGCGUGUCUACUAUCUGAUACCCUCGGCGAGACUUAUCUGGCUAGAGCAUUAGCUUGGUCUUCGAGCUGGCUUUCACCUCCGUUCCUAGCUACACGUGCUCACUUUUCCAAGCGUCGUCAAACGCUUCCCGGUGUUACAAUGAGGAAACUGGACCCCGAAUCGGAGGAAGAUGUGGAUCAUUCAAAAGCCAUGUGCCGGGAUCCAGUUCGCUUUUUGUUCACCGAGAGUCAGUUAACUCGACGUCUGGCAUGGGUUCUGGCAGACGGUCGCGGAAGACCACGCGCUAGGUUGUCUGCAGAUGCUGUGGGAUUAUGGCUUCCGGCUAUGUUGAUACGCGGUGUGCGUCAUUCCGCCGAGUUAGCUUACAAAAUAUUUUCCACACCAGAAUUGUUCAUCACAUUACGUGAUAACUUUCUCCCGGAACUGGAGACUCACAUGAAUCACGGUGCAUCGUUGUCGAGACCUAUCAGCCUGUCGGAAGCUUACAAUCUACCACUUCCUUCCGUGCUACAACUCUUUCGAAUAACAAUGAUGUCCAGUCCAAGCAUUCGAUUGACAAUGGUGAACGAUUUGCGCAUUGUCGAACGUUGUUUGUCCUACGUGUCCUGUACGGACUGCGCGCGACUCCGUUCGACUACGACUGUGGAAUCACUUAUCACUCAUGUGCCUGAACAACUCCCAACGUCACGUGGAUCUGCUUUGGUAGCGUCUGGAAUGCAUUGUUACCACGUUUAUCGGGCCCUCUGCGAAUCUGACUUGGAAGACGCGAUUGCCCAGGCAUCCUUGGUGGUACCACUUCUCACCAGUUGGCUCUCGUUCCUGGUCGUGUCAUUUGAACAGCUAAUGAAUCAACAGACAUUGUGCGCAUCAUGGAAACCGAAUCCCACUGUGCUCGGCCCGUGGAUCGAUCAAAUUGGUUCUGUUUGCACCGAACUUUUGCGAUACGCUCGCAGUGUACUUCAAGGAAGAGGUGAAAUGCCAACGUUGGACGACUUAGAACCUUUGUUGCGUCGUAAUAUAUUGAGUUUGGAUCUACUGGCUAUCACAAUGACAAGUACCGUGAGACUGAUCGCAUUACAGCAUCAGCUCGAUGUGUCCAUGAAAUUGCCUCUUCAAGAACGUCUCAUCACACUGUGGAACGAACAUCUGUACCCGUUGUUCGAAUUACGACUCUGGCCUCUUCUUCUCGAACGAUUUCAAUGUAACGAGAGUGUUCUAACGGGGUCACCGGCAACCCUAGCUGAUGUGGACAUCAUCACCAUACCCGUGUGGGAGAUACAUUCGAGCGAGAAAGAUCAAUCUGCUGCUGCGAAUCCCGUCGACUGGGAUCUGUUACCUUCCACAAGCCCUAUCGAUCUGUCUUUACUCGAACCAGUCACUUUAGCCUCUAACAAUAUGCCCGAUCUGGGAACGGCUGUCUGCUUCCGCUAUCGGGUCUCCGAACGUAAUCUGGGCGCUUUCUGGUGGCCCAAAAUUGGAAUUGGUGAAACGAAUAUCACCGCUUCGGCGGAAUCUUCAAGAUCUUUGGAUGAGUGUGAUCCACUAGCGAUUGAUCUUUCCCUGGCAACUUCAAGGAUCCAGCCAAUCAUGGCUGCUCUAAUCAUCUCCGAUCGUGCAUUGGAUAAAAAGCUUAGCUACAAGACCACUCCUUCCAUGGUUGCGGGCAACUGA